UUCCCAAAGAUUUUUCUUCUGACUCUGUAUUCCAGCCUCUCCUGGGGCAUCUCUGUCCUAUUUUCACAGCUGAGAAGGCAAAGGAAAUUUCCCACCGUCCACUGAACUCCUUGGCAGCCUCUGUGGGGGAGGUCCUCAGAGUCACCUCACCUGAGGGAGCUUAGACUAACAGUCAGCAAUCCCACUCCCCAAAUCUCCUCAUCUGCAUUUGUCCUGAGCCAGUUCAGCUAACAAGCCCUGUGGCUCACAGAGUUAUUAAAAAUCCUGAAGUCAUAGACAUUCUUUUAUGUUGAAUCUCCGAUUUUCUCAGGUAGCUCUCUCCGCAGGGGCUCUGGAACGACCACUCCUCUGUUCAGAUAGCUCUGCUGUGAGGUGGCUUUGCUAUGGCAAAUGCUGGAGGGCCUGGGCUCUUCCAGGUGCCCCGAGUGUCCACGCCACUUUCUUUCCCCCGCUUCCUGUCUCCCUGCUCCCUCAGCCCUCUGUGCACCUGCAGGAGGCAGGGGUCUCCGUGCCGCCACCCCCUCUCCACAAUAGAGCCUACCGCCAGGAGGCGCUGGUCUGUGAGGAAGAGAGUGGGCGCCCCCGGCUAACAAGGUCACCUCUUCUGCAGCUGCAGGAUGUUGCACUUGAUUAAAGGCAGGGAAGGGGAGGGAGAGGAACCUGUGGUAUCCCUGGAGCUCCCCACCACUUCUGAGCCGGAGGGAAGCCUUCGGAGAGGCUGAAGCUCAAAAGCACCCCUGAGAGAUUGUUCUGUGCCCCAGGUGGUGUUUCCUGUGUACAAGCUGUGGGCCUUGAGGAAAGUGGGGCCAGUCUCAGCCCCCCCACCCAGUGCGGUGAUCCUGACAGGCCUCUAGGGGGAGCAGGUAGAGCUGGCAGGGGGCUUGCAGCACGAGGGGAAGGCUGGGCCCUGAGAGCACUUGGGGCAUCUGGGGAAUGUUCUACGUUCUAGGCCAGCACUUCUUCCCCCUUUAGAUGCAAAUGGAGUCCCUUUCCAGCACCUGCACAAUUGCACCGGGGCUAACCAAGCUGUGCAGCCCACAGCUGUCAAAGUCAGCGGAGAAAAACUAUGGUGACUCGUUUUAGAACUUUCGUUUAGAGAUGUGAGAUAGCUCCUGAACGACCACAGAGGUUCACGCCGUGCUACAGGCGCUGGGCUGCAGGGACGGAUGACUGCCUCCAAAGGCUCAGGGUGGCCCUGGGAGCUCUCGGCCCAGACCUGUUUCUCACCCCUGGCCGGCUCAGCUCUGGCUGCGGCCGCUGCCAAGUGAGUGGCCAUACUGGCUACGUGUCCAGAUGAGCCCCGGUAGGAGGCUCCAGGAGGGACUUCUGGAAGGUUUCCUGGAGAGACUCUUCUGUCAUUCACAUUCCUCCAAGGUCUUCUCAUGGUCUGCUUGGUAUAGUGGCCGUUUUUCUGCAGACAUAUUUUAUCCUCAUAUUGGUAUAUUGUUUGCAUAUGACAGAAUGAAGAGGUUAGGUGGCCUGGCUUUGGGAUCCAGAGACCAGGGCUUUAUUCCUGCCCAAAUGCAUGACAGAGAAGAGGGAUAGUCUCCUCCAAUUUUCGUUUUACUUUAAUUAAUAUUAUUAUCAAUACUAUUACUGAUACAUUGAACCCUUCCUAUGUUCCAGGUGCUGUUCUAAAUAGCUUGCCAAACAAAUGAGUUCCCUGAAUCCUCAUAAGCCUACAGGGUUUGGCUGGGGGGCAGUGGGCACUAUUGUUCUUGUUUACAGAGGAGGAAACUGCGGCUUAAGGAGAUUGAGCAAUUUUCUAAAGGUCACCAAACCAAACUGAAUUUGGACCUAUGUAUUUUUUUUUCACCAUAGGCUAUUACUCAUCACCUUCAAAUAUCUCUGGAAAGCACGACUGGUCAAAAUGGGCUUGACUAUGUUCCUCUUCAGACAGAUUGCUUAGAAACAAGAGAAAUUCUUCCACCAUUUUUUUUAACUUAGCCUAAGUUUCUUGGGAUUUCUCAUUAUAUAAGACAGGUCCUGCCUCUAUGGUUUUCACCCACCUAUACAAACUAUGGAAACGUAGGCUGUCGAUCUAUUAUGGCCCAAACCCCAGUGUCCCUCUCUUCAUGCUCUAUUUCCACUAGCCGCUCUCAGCUGUCCCACCCCUGGCUCCUCUGCCUGGCCAGCCAGUUUUGGAAACACUCUGCCUGUUCAACCCGUAUACCCUCCCUGGGACACACAGAAGGGAUUACAACUUCUCCAGCUGCGGGCCCUGUGACUAUUGGAAGGAGAUGGAGGAGAUAUCUCUUGAUGUGAGCCUUGAGGGACAGGCAGACUUAGGGCAGAGAGAGGUCGGUGAGGCGUAUGCUGUCUAAGAGGCUGGAGGUGGACUGGAGGUGGGUGCAUGGGUCAUGAUGUCCAUUUGGGAAUGGGGGGAUCCCAGGGAGCAGAGGAAACUGGUGUGAGAUGGAGCAUCCUACAGGGGGAGGGGGAGGAGGCCCGAAGCCUGGACAGUGUGCUUGCCUGGAAUGGAGGGGCGGAACAGCAGUCUUUACGUGUUCCCCUGGUAGAGCAGCCGAGUUUCAGGACAUACACCAUGAAACAUGCCCACGGUAGCAGAGGCAAGCCCUAGAGGCAGACAAAGAGAGACCCUCCACGUUCUUUCCUCAGAGUGAAGCUUUACCAGAGAGCAAGCUUUGACUGUCUGAUGGCAGGGUCCAUGAUUAUUCACCUUGUCUCCCCAGAGCCUGGUGCUGAGUCUGGUGAUUUGCAGGCCCUUGGGACUUUCAAAUAAAUGCAGGAACAGACAGAGGGAGGGAAGGAAGAAGGAUGGGUCAGCAGUGGGGCUUGAUCAGGAGCUGGGGACUCCAGACGAGUCCAGGGUCAGGUAACUGGGGCUCAUGCUUCUCUGCAUUGCUGAUUUUCAUGGGGGUCACCAGUCACAAGAAAACUCACUCCUCUGGUCUCCUCGGAUUCCACUGGGUUAGAGAAACUAAGCCGGAGUUCAAUGAAGUCUCAGUCCGGAUAAACAAGACAGAAGAAAUCCGAUUCAAGAAGAGGACCUCAUUCAAAGGGAAGUUGCCCUGCUUUCCAAGACUUUUUGUCCUGCCUACAUCUUGUCUCUGAAGUAAAUGCCUCUGAUUCAUGGCUCAUUAGAUUUCGAGCACGGGUCCUGGUCUGUAAGUGUGCCAACUUCGGUUUCUUUUAUAGGUGCAGAUUCCUUAGUCGGAUGAAGCUGGGGGAGCUGAGUGAACUCCAUCACUAACCAGUUCUUCAGAAUCUCGGGCAUUACACAGACACACAGAGCCCUUGAGGUCCUGACACAAAGGCUGAUAAAAACAAGCGCAUUAAGACAGAACUUAGAAACAGUAGAUUGACUAAUAGUAACCCAAAGACCAAUGUGCCUCUAACCACAUUUUUGUUUAUUUUUUAGUGUGUUUCCUUCAUGGUCUUUCUUGUGGCUCACCCUAUGCAGUUUGUGUACUUGUUGAGAGCUUUUUUUCUGUGUCUGACAUUGUUUCUGCUGAACUCAGUGUUUCCGAGACCCUCUCUCCUCACAGGCUCGGUUUUGGCCUGCCAUCUGCAGUCCGCCAGUUUCGGUGGCAGAAGAGGCCUAGGCUGCUUCCUGUGGGCCCCCAGAUGGGCAGAAGCAUGCGGUGGUAUCUGCUCCUGAUCUGGGUCCAGGGCCUGAGGCAGGCUCCCCCCCCAGCCUCAGGAGCUGCAUCAGGCAGAAUAGUAACAACGGGGAAUGUGUCUGCAGAGGAAGGUGGCUCUGUCACCUUGCAAUGUCACCUCUCCUCCACCACUGCCAAAGUGACUCAGAUCAAUUGGCAGCAGCAGGACCAGCUUCUGGCCGUUCGCCAUGCUAACUUGGGGUGGCACAUCUACCCAGCCUUCAGGGAGCGAGUGGCCCCCGGCCCCGACCUGGGCCUCACCCUGCAGUCGCUGACCAGGAAUGACACCGGGGAGUACUUCUGCACCUAUCACACCUACCCUGAUGGGAUUUACAGGGGGACACUCUUUCUGGAGGUCCUGCAAAGCUCAGUGGCUGAGCGCAGUGCUGUGUUCCAGACCCCACUGCUGGGAGCCAUGGCCACAGUGCUGGGAGUCAUCUGCGCGGCAGUCAUCAUGGUGGUCACAUUGACCAGAAAGAAAUCUCGCAGAGCCCAUUGUGCGGAAAGCGGAGUCAGGACAGUGGAGCGUGAACAGGAGGAGUGGAACCCCCGCACUCUGUCAUCCGCUGGCAGCAGCAGCCACGCAGAGACGGCGCCCACCUUCUACGCAGAGCAGAGGGGAGAUGACUACGCCGAGCCACAUGACUACUUCAACGUCCUGAGUUACAGGAGCCUUGGAAGCUUGGGCUUCCUGGCGGAGACUAGUUAGCGGCCAGAGGCCUCGCCUGGCAGACGCGGUCCUGUCUCUGCGGUUACAGGCGGAUGUGUAAGGGUCUGCGGCCUCGUCCCUGCUGUGCAUGCGAGUCUAUGUUCAGCUGAGUGAAUGAAUGUCAUCCUCUUCUCGUCAUUUCCUCUGCUCCUUCCCUUCCCUUCCAUUGUGGCAGACCCGGAGCAAGCAGCUUGCAUCUUGAUUAUGAAUGCAAAGUUAAAAAAAUGAUUUGGUUUUGAAUCUAGCGGUUGGAGCAGACCCGGGGGGUUCUGAGAAAUGCCUUGCCCUAGUAGCGCUGGGCGGGGCUUUGGUGGGCGGGGCAUUGGCAGAGUUUUGUGGAUGAUGAUGAUGACGAUGAUGACGACGGUGAUGAUGGUAUGACUCACCUCAUUUCUCAUGGUCAUUUUCAUCAACAUUCACACAUUCAAGGCAUUUUAUGAACAAGGCAUGGUACCGGCUUCCACGGGGAGACUCGAGCAUGACUAAACUGUGCUUUCGGGUCUCAACCCUUUUAGACCUUAUAGUUAAGUGGGAUAAUGAGAUUUCCAUUAAAGGGAGUAAGAAGACAGGGAUACGAGACCCAGGCCUUUGGGAAGAGACGCUGGUGCAGGCCCAGGUGGUCAGGAUAGGCUUGUGUGGGGCGAAGUGGCCUGGGAGGAUGGAGGGAACAGUGAGCCUAGUGUGGUGAGAGCAGGAAUUUUGUCUAGGGAGGGCCGAGAGACUGAACAGAACUGCUGAAAUUCCCACAUGAAGAUCCCGGCACCGAGGGAGCCAGCAGGCCUUCAGAUUUAUUCCUGGGGCAGAGAGUUCGAGCGUCCUUCUGUUGGGUGUGCUCCGAGUUCGGGGAUGGCCAGCUGCAGGGGACCCGAGGCCUUCCAGACGCCCGCCGGGGACAUGCACGGGAGUGUGGGGCCUGCUGUGGGAGCUGCCUCCUAGCCCCCGGCCAGGACCCACCUGUUCUCUAUCAACCCAUUAUUAAGCCCGUGAGAAAAGAAUCUGUGUCCCACCAAAAGGAAAACCUUGGAUUUUUAAAAUAGGGACUCUUCCUGGGGGGGGGGGGGGGGGGGAGAGUGAUAGAAAGUUUAAAGAUGGAUGCCCUCUCCCUAGCUGCUCAGAACCCUUAAGGUCACCCCCUGAGCUCUUCGCGCUGGGGUUUGGGUGGCAUCUAAGUGCUGGUUUCUGUUUAACUGGCAUUCAGGCCUUUAUUCUACCACCCCCUCUCCUACAGGAGUGAGAAGGGAGGCUGAGCUCCCAGGUGACAGGAGUUCUUUCCUGGGCAGAGGACCUGAGUGAGAAUGUGGAGCAAGGCUGUCAUUUGCCAAUGGCUGGAAUCAAGCACUGCUCUGCUCACUAAGAAGGAGGCAGGCUGAGCAAGAAGACAUUUCAACUCCUACACCCUGGACUGUGAUUUUUAUUUUUCUCACUUCUUUACCAAAUGGGUAUGUGGUCAGGAGUGAUGAGCUGCAAUCUGUCCCGAGCGCUAAGUCCUUUGGAAGAUAGGUAGAUGCGUGUAAAAUGCUCUUCUGUGCCACAGCGGUUCACCACACUCUUGCAGAACUCGUGCCAAGUGCUUGGGGGGUAGAACACAAUUCAUGGAUUGGAGAUGAACUAAAAUGUUCAAAAACGAGAGUGGCAGUUUGAUUGGGAGGAGAUGUCUACUGGGUCAAGGCUAGACUGAGAGUUACAGUGUUAUUUAACGUGAGUAUAGUAACAGGGAAGUGUCUACAAAUACCAUUUGGAUGGUGAUAAAAGUACGAAAGGACCCACAGAUGUGGUAAAUGGGUCAGGUACUAAAAUGAGAUUGAAUUAGACAGAAAAUAAAUUUUAAAGUGGAAUUCACCAAACUGGAUUUUCCAUGGAGAACCAGAGAAGACAGGCCCCUAAAAGCCAGGUUCCUGGACACAUGUCUCGUCCAGCCAUUCUGCACGUGGAACGGUCUAGUGUGUGAGAUGUGGUUAGUCUGCAUUGAGAUGCACUGUGCUAGCCGCGUAACAUAAGGGCCAGAUUUUGAAGGCUGAUUGUGAGUAAUAUGAAAGUAAACUAUCAAGUUAGUAAUUUAAAAAUAUCGAUGAUAUGUUGAGAUGAUAGUAUUUGGGAUAUAUUGGGUUCAAUAAAAAUGUUAUUAAAAUUAA